CGGCAGUGCAAGGUGAUGGAAGGGGAAAGGCGAACUUACAGCAAGGAAGUCCACCAGCGCAUCAACAAGCAACUUGAGGAGAUCCGGCACUUGGAGGAGGUACGGGCCAACCUCCAGGUGCAGAUCAGCAUCGCCCAGAGCCAGGUCAAGCGGCUUCGGGACAAUGAGCGGCUGGAGAACAUGGAGCGCCUGCUGAAGUGUACGGCCCUGGCGCAGGCCGAGGUUGAGGAGCUGCAGGAGCAGACCAGAGCCUUGGACAAGCAGAUCCAAGAGUGGGAGACCCGGAUCUUUACGCACAGUAAGAACGUCAGGGCCCCAGGAUUCAUCCUGGAUCAGAAGGUCAAGGACCGGCGAAGGAUCAAGAUCCUAGAAGACCAGUUGGGCAGGGUCACCUGUCACUUUGACAAGCAGCUGGUGCGGAAUGCGGCACUGCGGGAGAAGCUGAAUCUGCUGCAGAUAGAGAGGAACCGUUAUCUGAAUGUGGACCGCAAGCUGAAGAAGGAGAUCCACCACCUGCAGCAGAUGGUCAGUGCUCUCAUCGUCUCCUCCACUUCUGCCUAUGCUGCCAGGGAGGAGGCGAAGGCCAAGAUGGGCAUCCUGCGGGAUCGCGCGGAGAAGGAGGAGGCGCAGAACGAUACGGAGGCGCAGACCCUGCAGCGGCAGAUCUCGCACCUGGAGCAGCUGCACUGUUUCCUCAAGCUCAAGAACGACGAUCGGCAGCCGGAUCCUGCCGUCAUGAAGAAGCGCGAACAGAGGGCCCGGGAGGUGACCCAAGGCCUCCGGAAGACCUCACAGGAGAAGCUGGUGCUGCGCUACGAAGACGCCCUGAACAAACUGUCCCAGUUGACUGGGGAAAGCGACCCCGACAUGUUGGUGCAGAAGUACCUGGAGAUUGAGGAGCGCAACUUUGCUGAGUUCAACUUCAUCAACGAGCAGAACUCCCAGGUAGAGCAUCUGCAGGAGGAGAUCAAGGAGUUGCAGGAGGCUUUGAUGACAGCGCAUGCAAGUGAGGUCAGCAGGAAUUCGUUGCAGGAGCAGCAGCGUGAGGCAUUGCAGCAGCACUUGGACAAGGUGCACUCGGAGGGCAAGCACCUUGAGGCCCACUUCCAGGACUUGCAGGGGCAGCUGGAGAAGCUCAAGGCUGAUAUCCAGCUCCUCUUCACCAAGGCCCAUUGUGACAGCAGCAUCAUUGACGACCUCCUCGGGGUCAAGACCAAUAUGCGAGACCGGGACAUAGGCCUCUUCUUGGGCAUCAUCGAGAAGCGGCUGGUGGAGCUCCUGACAGUGCAGGCCUUCCUGGAUACCCAGAGCUACUCCUCCUUGGCUGAUGCUGCUCUCCUGUUGCUGGGCCAGGGGCUUGAGGACCUUCCAAAGAAGAUGGCCCCCCCCCAGCCCCCUGACAAUCUAGAGGACCCCCUGGGUUUUGAGGCCAGAGACGACUAUCCGAUGAGCAAGGAGGAGCUGCUGAGCCUAGUGGUGAAGGCGGUGGAACUCCAGGAGCAGGCUCAGGAGCAGGCUCAGGAGCAGCAGCAGAGGGAGCUGGCUGAGGCCGUGAAGAAGCUGGACAACAGCUCGAGCAUGGCCUUCUCCAGCACCCACAGGAUCAGCACCGCCCUGGGAGCCGCUGGGAGACCCAGUAUUAUUUCCGGGUCUAUCGUGAGCCAAAGGACUACCAAAGACCGUGGUGCCAGCUCUGCUGGCCACGUCACUUUUGGUGACCCCAGCUCCAACGCGGGCCAAAUGACCUUCAGCUCUGCCAGUGACAGUGGGGCGCCAGCAUCAAGCCGUGCCUCAAGUGGGGGUCAUGUGACCUUCAGGCCUGUCAGCUCCAGCAGCCACCUGGGGUCUACUGGGUAUUUGGAGUCCAGCAGAGGCCAGGUAGCCUCUGGAGGUGGCACAGAGAGCAGAGGCACAGGGUCAGAGUCGAGUGGAGGCCUCGGGUCCAGACAAGGCCGAGUCUUGAGCGCUGGCCCUGCCUCCAGCACUGGCCCGGGCUCCUCCACCAGUAGAGACUCCCGGUGCUACUACUAGGGUGCCCAGCCCCCUCCCUGCCCUGGCUCUCUGCAGGGGCUUUUUAGUGUCUCUGCCUCUGUUUGCCUUGUGGCUUUCUGUCGUCUCCCAGCUAGAGGUCUCUGUGUCUCUUUGUCCCUCCAUCUGUUGCCAUCUGCCCUUCCUCAUCUCCGUGUCUGCCUCCUGGUGCCUUUCUCUCUGUUUCUGACCCUCUGGUCCCCUCUGCCUCCUACCCCCCUUGCUCUUGGCUUCCUGCUCAGCAUCUGCUUCCUGUCUCUGUCUCCCUAGCCCCAAGCCCUAUGAACCUCCCACCUCCUGACUCCGGCUCCCUGUCCCCAGCUCCACCUCCCAGGCUCCCCUUGUAUCUCGUGCCCUGUCUCCAGGGCUCCUCAUUCCUCACCCUCCCCAAGAUCCCCCCAGUACUGACCAGUGUGGGGAAAAAUCAGGGCAAAGAUGCCAGGUUCAGCGUGAGCCGUGCCCGUAGG